CCAAACGACGAACCGCGAAGCAAACGGUAAUGGGCUACAACUGCACGUGCAGCGCCAAGGAAACCAGGAAGAGCAGUGCCCUCCCUGCUUGUGCGAGAAGCAGAAACUAGAUGCCCGGAUUCAGAGAGACCUGAUUACAGCGACGUCUCAAGCAAUGUCGCAACACCAGCAGAGCAACGGACGGUAGAAAUUUGCAGCAGGAGCGUCGUGUAGAAUUCUUCUCUUGUUUUUUCCGAUUUGACAUGUCGAGCUUCUUCAACUUCUAUCUUUGGUUUCAUGUAUCUCGACGGUGCUGUGACCAUCAGGAUCGGAAGAAGCCCAAGGGUUCUUGAGUUGUCCUGAAGUGGUUUGCCAGGGAUUUUGGGUUAAAAUUGCAAUGGUGUUCCUCCUCCUUCAGUCGGUUACAAGAACACGUUGCGCGGUGUUGCAACACCCAGGUUUUUUCGUGUAAAAAGAAGUAGUGGUCCCAGACGCGGAAGGGUCGAUAUGUCAUUGUAUGCUCAAGCCGCACGGAGAUUGAAAGAAGCUUCUUCUUGUCGUGGAGGAAAAAGCCACGGGUUGACGUGAUUUCUAGUACUUGUGAAAGAUGACCUCCUGGUUGCAAACUCCAUGUAUCAUUGCACUACAACGUCGUGCGAGAGCAUGCUGUGCCGCGAGUAACAUUCGAGUUGCAAGUUAUUUCACCUGGAAGUCUAAGUCUACAAACACAAAGUCAAAGUCUUUUAGAGGAAAUUAGCUUCUUACUUGAAGACUCUAGUACGAGUACGCUUUUGUGCCGAGCGAAGUUUUCUAAAAACAGACGCAGCACCUCACCUGCCAACCCCUUUUACCGGAGGAGAAAAAACCAUGCCCGACACAGCAUCCUCAGGAAUGAACAAGUCUGCGGUAGCGCUGCAAGGCGCAACUGCGACGAGCUCUAGCUCGUCGAGUUCUGCGCUGAAAAAAUUUGAGCGGCCGGGGCUGAUGGUUGACGAGAUAGAGGAGAUGAAGGAAGCUUUUGACCUGUUCGACCUAGACGGUUCGGGGCGGGUGGCGCCGAAGGAUCUGUGUCAGGCAAUCCAGAAUCUUGGGUAACUACGGAUAUGGAACCCAAAACUACAAAACGCUGCAUCGAUUAGAGCGCAGUGUAAUAAGAUGCGUAACGAGUAUUUUGUUCAUCGAUAUCGUUCGCCUCUUGCUCAUCUAGUUUUUGCAAAAGAAAUUCGCUGCAUUUAUGAUAUUCUCCAACUCCACUAGGCUCGAGCACAAGAAUACGGUGGUGCAACAGAUAUUGAAAGACUUGGAGAAGUGCUCGCAUACCAUCGAGUUUCAAGACUUUCUCGACCUCUUUUCCGCAAAAAUGGGCGAACGGGACACCCGAGAGGACAUUGCAAAGGUUUCUCAACUUGUCUUAUUGUCACGUUCUAACUAACAAGUAACAGGACCACAGAAUAAAUCAAAGCCUUGGAGGACGGUUAUGGAUUGUCUGUGUCGCGUAGAGGUUGUGACUUGGCAGAUCGAAGCACAAAUGGUUGAAGCAUACUCUUCGAUCGAGCCGAGAGAACACCAAAGAACUUCCCGACUCUACCUGCCUUUUUCAUCAGGUUUUCCGUCUCUUUGACGACGAUCAUACGGGAUAUCUGACGGUCAAGAACCUGGCCCGCGUCGCGAAGGAGCUCGGGGAAGCGCUCACGGAGAACGAACUGAAUGAAAUGGUUUUGCGGGCGGACAGUAGUCACUCAGGAAAAGUUAUCGUGUGAGAUCAAAGCUGUAUCAGUAGCCAAAACCGGUUGCAUAAGUAUCGAUAUCUAUUCAGAACGACGAGGAAUUUUCUCAGCAAAAAUGCAAGCCAAGAGAUCUUCAUGCCUGCGACGAGUCAGCAGCAAUGGAAAACAAGUACACGUGUAUAUAAGAAAAGCUGGCUCUGGUGGCAAAAGUUGCGACUGAUACACCCUUCUCCCACGAUAAUGCUGAGCCUGGACGAUUUCUACUCGCUGAUGGUGCAUCGAAGUUUUCCAUGAAAAUUUGACUUUUUGAUGCUGUUCGCAUUCUUUCUGAAUCUCCUCGCGCAGCACGUCACUCACAUGAUUGCAAAAUAGAACAAACUUCUACAGAACUCAGAUGGACGAGGACUCCUUCAUGAACUACAAGCCGCGGAAGUCUCUUCAUCGUGGGGACUUGUCUAGC